UUUGUUCAUUACUUGGACUGUCUCUUCUACUUCUUCAGACUAGGGUUUUAUACCAAAAAAAGUUAGGGUUUCUCUCUCUCUCUCUCUAAAAUCCAGACCUCAGAAAACCCUAAAAUCAGAAUCAAUGGAUAGAUACACUAAGGUUGAGAAACCUAAACCUGAAUCGCCCAUUAAUGAAAACGAGAUCCGAAUCACUACGAAUGGACCUGUUAAAAAUUAUAUUAAUUAUGCUACUUCUCUUCUUCAGGAGAAACAGGCAAAAGAGAUUGUCUUGAAAGCAAUGGGGCUAGCAAUUAGUAAGACGGUCUCCAUUGCGGAGGUUUUAAAGAGGAGAAAUCCCCGUUUAUAUCAAGAUACUGCCAUCAGUUCAGUAAGCAUAACUGAUGUUUGGGAACCCAUUGAAGAGGGCCUGUUACCUGUGGAACAAACUCGUCAAGUCUCAAUGAUCACAGUUACCUUAUCAUUUCGAGAGCUAAAUGGAAAUUCUCCCGGUUAUCAAGCUCCACCAUCUGUAGAACAAGCAAAGGAACAACAGCAUCAGCAGCAGCUCAGACAAUCGCGUCCUUCACAAAAUGCUGUUCGUGAUGAUUCAUAUGUCCGGGGAAGAGGUCGUGGUAGAGGGAGAGGGCGGGGUUUUUCCCGCGGUGGAUAUGGGUAUGGAAAUUAUCAGGGAAACUAUCAAGGAAAUUAUCAGGGUGACUAUCAAGGAAAUUAUCAGGGAGACUAUCAAGGAAAUUAUCAUGAUAAUGGAGGUUACUCAAAUAGGGGUCGUGGUGGCGGGCGAGGCAGAAGUUGGGGUUAUCGUGGUGCUGGAUAUGUAAGAGGCAGAGGUGGUUCGUAUGAAGGUGCUGGAUAUGAGAGAGGCAGAGGCGGUUCAUAUGAAGGUGCCGGGUAUGAAAGAGGCAGAGGUGGUACGUUUGAAGGUGGUGCCGGAUAUGAAAGGGGUAGAGGUGGAGGAGGCCGAGGUAGUACAUUUGAAGGUGCCAGAUAUGAAGGAGGCAGAGGUGGUACGUAUGAAGGUGGUGCCGGAUAUGAAAGAGGCAGAGGUGGUACAUAUGAAGGUGGUGCCAGGUAUGAGAGAGGUAGUGGUGGAGGGGGCAGAGGUAGUACAUUUGAAGGUCCCGGAUAUGAAAGAGGCAGAGGUGGAGGCGGAAGAGGCUAUAUCCGAGGCCGUGGAAGAAUGGGUGGUCGCGGAGGAAGAGGAAACGGGGGUGGGAACCAGGGUUAGUAGGGGGAUGAGUGCUCUUUUUGCUUUAGCUAAAUGCUUGCCUUGGCCAGUGAGCUAAAUUUUAUCAUGAAACUGUUUUGAGUGGCAUGAUUAAUGUGGGUUUGUGUUAGUUUUCUCCAACAUGGGCAAGGUUUUUCUGUUUUUAUGAUUGCUGCAUUUAGCAAAUAGCAAGACGAGGCUUAUGAUUGCUGUAAUUUGUUUCACCCCCUUGUGGUUUCAGUCGCCAUGUUCAUAUUUGGUUUAUCAUAUAUCUUCAUUUCUUUCA